GUUUCUGGCUACAAAGACGGCGUCAAACCAGAAAAGAUUGCUCGUGGUCAAAUAAUGUGUCAAUCACCUGUGAAUCAAACUGUGUGUGGCUCAGUUCAUGUCACAGUGUUGUUUAGUAUAUCUUCACUUGUCUCACUCUCCUUCUGUUCUGUCCAUCAGGACGAUCCUCAGCACUUACACAGAUCCUCCAUCGAUGUUUUGGAUCCAAUCAGUGAUCAGUUCUACGAGGAGGCCUGGAUGUUCACCAGCGCUCGCUACACCUCCAUCUACCAGAAGGUUUUCCACUGUCGGCCAUCCAGCGAUGCUGGAGGGCUACCUGGCCAAUGCUGGCCUACACAAAGAGGUCCUGGCUCGAAGGAGCCGAAGAAGAUCCUUGCCUUCCUCGUCAGUUUCCUCUUCAGUUCCUAUCCCAACAAAACCUUCUUGCACCUAUUAGCUCCAAAGAGGCUAUGGUGCCCGUGGAGGUCUGGACCUGAGGCCUGUGCUCAUCACAUGGAUAGAAAAAACUCUGACACCAUUCUGGAGAUGUUGACUGUGACCUCAGAGGCCAACUGGACCACACAGCUGCAGCAGGAGUGAGGGAGAGGAGUCUUCAUCCAGCUUCAAAGAAAACAUCCAGUUAGAAACCCUGCAGCAACCCGACCCAAAACUGUGUCUUCUUGUUCGCCUCAACGUUGAAGUGUCAAACGUCCAACAUCUGGAAAGGAAACCACGCCAGUGUACUGUGAUGUUUCACCAACAUGUGGCAGACGCUGGUCCUGCCUUUCAUGCUGACAUCAGCAGAGAGCCCCGCCUACCUCAAAGCCUCCCCUGUCAUGUAUUGAUCAGGAUG